AUGAUUUUAUGCUCUGGACGUCAUAUGUUUUAUGGUAAGCCAGCUAUAGUUAAAGCUUGGAGUUCCAAGUUUGAUUUUCAGGCUGAAGUUUUGAGGACUGUUCCCCUAUGGGUUAAGUUCCCCAAUCUUCCCUUAAACUAUUGGGGAGUGGACACUCUUAGUAGAAUAGGUAGUCUGUUGGGAGUGUCUAACUGUGCAGAUGAAUGUACUACUAGACUGAUGAGGGUUUCUUUUGCUAGGGUUUUAAUUGAGGUUGAUAUAACCAAAGAAUUGCCUAGUUCUGUUCUACUUGAAAGCCCUAAUGGUGAGAUAAUUGAAUUAAAGGCUAUUUUUGAGUGGAAGCCGCCUUUCUGUAAGAAGUGUAAUAAGGCAGGACAUGAUUGUGCUGCUGUUAAAAGUGGCCCACCUGACUCUGAGCAGGUUCAAGCUACUCCAGCUGCUGCUCUUGGAAAUGUUAAUCAUGAUGAUGGCUGGAGAGUAGUAGGAAGGAAGAACAAAAGCAUCCACAAUGUAAGAAAUUCACAGCCAAUUGCACAAUCUAGUGCUUUUUUGGCUCUCAAUGUUGAAGAUGGUGGGUUUUUUCAUCAACACUGGCGGGGGGGUUUGAAUGACCCUGGCAGGGUAGUUAAUGUUAAAAGGCUACUUAGAAAUCAUUCAAUUGAGGUCAUUGGCUUGCUUGAGACUAAGGUAAAGCAGGGAAAAUUCAAGACUCUCCAGAAGAAGUUUAGGUUAUCUUGGUCUUGGGUUGAUAACUAUUCCUACUCUCAGAAAGGUAGAAUUUGGGUUAGGUGGAAUUCAGAUGUUAUUAAUCUUGAUGUUCUAACAGUUCAUGAACAGUUUAUUCACUGUGCAGUUAGUCAUAGAGAUUCUACAGCUCCAAUACUUUGCACUUUUGUGUAUGGUCUCCACUCUAUUCAUGAUAGGAAAGCUCUAUGGACUGGGAUUCAGACUCUUGGUUUGCAGCAGGAUCCUUGGAUUUGUGUUGGGGACUUCAAUUCUGUUCUGUGUUCUGCUGAUAGAAUCAAUGGCAAUCCUGUUUCAGAUUAUGAGGUGAGAGAUUUUCAAGGUUUUGUAGAUAUUAUGGAGUUUUGUGAGGUUAAAAGCAAAGGUCCUUUUUAUUCUUGGUCUGACAAGGCUCAUGAGGGGCCUAAGAACUGUACUAGAAUUGAUAGGGGUUUGGUCAACCAGAGCUGGUUGGAUAUUUAUGGGCAUGUUGAGGCCUUUUUUCUUAAUCCUGCUCUUUCUGACCAUAGCCCUGUCUUGAUUGAGCUUUGUUCUGCUCCCUCUUCCCAAGGAAGGCCUUUCAGAUUCUUGAACUGUAUAGCAAAGCAUGAUCAGUUUUAG